GAUAAGGGAGGCGGAGUGUACACCAUGGAGGAGGGGCAACCGCACGGAAGUGACGCGAGAAGCCGCCAUGCCUUUUGAGGGCGGCGACGGCGCCGGGCCGGCCAUGCUGGCUACGGGCACGGCGCGGAUGGCGUCUGGGCGGCCGGAGGAACUGUGGGAUGCGGUCGUGGGGGCCGCCGAGCGCUUCCGGGCCCGUACUGGCACAGAGCUGGUGUUGCUGACUGCAGCGCCACCGCCGCCACCUCGCCCAGGGCCCUGUGCCUAUGCCGCCCAUGGCCGCGGGGCCCUGGCAGAGGCCGCCCGCCGCUGCCUCCACGACAUCGCACAGGCACACAGGGCUGCUACUGCCACCCGGCCUGGCCCCCCACCAGCACCACAGCCGCCCAGCCCUGCUUCUAGCCCUCCACAUCAACCAGCCCUGGCCAAGGAUGAUGAUGAGGAAGAUGAGGACGAGCCCACUGAGACAGAGACCUCUGGGGAGCGGCUGGGCGGUAGUGAUAAUGGAGGACUCUUCAUGAUGGAUGAGGAUGCCACUCUGCAGGACCUGCCCCCCUUCUGCGAGUCAGACCCGGAGAGCACAGAUGACGGCCACCCCCCCGCCGGUCCCCCAGCGUGCCCCAAGCCGCCAGCCUCAGCCCUGCCCACCCAGCAGUACGCUAAGUCUCUACCAGUGUCAGUGCCAGUGUGGGCCUUCAAGGAGAAGAGGACAGAAGCGCGAUCGUCAGAUGAGGAAAACGGCCCGCCCUCUUCGCCCGACCUGGACCGAAUCGCCGCUAGCAUGCGGGCAUUGGUGCUGCGGGAGGCCGAGGACACCCAGGUCUUCGGAGACCUGCCGCGGCCGCGGCUCAACACCAGCGAUUUCCAGAAGCUGAAGCGGAAAUACUGAGCGGCCGGAGAAAGGCCAUUGGGUUUUCGAGCCUUGCUCUGCCCAGCAACAAGACAAUUCUUUACGGGAUUGGCUCGCUCCGGUUUGGAGUAGGGCUAGUUCUAAAACGCUCAGUGGGUCAACUCCAACUCCGUUUCUUGCCUAGCAACAGAAGCUUUACCCGCAUAUCCUGGGCUCCUGCCCAAGAGCGGAGCCCAGCGGCGGGACCAGGUGGUGGCUCCGCCCAAGUCCGGAGAGUCGCAGGCCGCCCUUCUUGAACUCCCCAUCCCAUUGGCCCUGGCCUCCUGGGGGUGUGGCCAAGCCCUCCGGAACCCAGAACUGGUCAGAGGCCUUGAGUUUGUUACACUACUAGGGCUGGGUUUUGUUUUUGUUUUUGCCUGACACUUGUAUCCGGUUCCCCACGGGGAUAGUCGGGGCCUGCUUUUUUGCGUCUGACGCCCCCAUAGGUUCCACCCAACUACUGCCUGUCCAUCAAAGUCUGUCCUGCACCCAGGACGGUACCAGCUUCCUGCCCCCGACCCCCUCUCCCCCACGACCCAAACAGGUGCCUAAAAGGGCCCUCUCCCACCCAUGGGAGGGGGCCCCACUCUCCGGCCCUGGCCCUGGGUGCGGGAGAGUAGGGUGGGGGCCAGGAGUCGGGAGGGGCGCUCUGAGAUUAAAGUUCAACUCUAGUGAGUGUGUGGUA